ACACUUCCGGGAAGUCUAGGAAGUGGUUUCUGAGGCCGGGGGUGGGGUUCUCAGGGCUCACCCGGAGUCUGCGGAUGUAGACGGGAAUCCAGACUGGCAGAGUGGAUCAGGGAGGGACGGUUUUUCCUACGGUGGCUGCAGGUCUGAGACGAGUGCCCCCGGAGGCUGAUGCUGUCUGUCUGGAAGGUGGACAUUCAUUCCUGGAUUGCGCCUGAGGGGCGAGAGUCCCCCCGGGGCUCUGGGACUUCGUGGCCAGGUGUGCGGCACAGAUAACCGCACUGGGCUCAUCCUGGGCUGCCGCCCGCCUUCCCAGAGCGGAAGACUAUUCCCUCCUUCCACACCGGGACUCAGGUGACAGCGGCCAUGGCUUUUCCCCAUCGGCCGGACGCCCCUGAGCUACCUGAUUUCUCCAUGCUCAAGAGGCUGGCUCGAGACCAGCUCAUCUAUCUGCUCGAGCAGCUUCCUGGAAAAAAGGAUUUGUUCAUUGAGCCAGAUCUUAUGAGCCCUUUGGAUCGGAUUGCCAAUGUCUCCAUCCUGAAGCAACAUGAAGUGGACAAGCUGUACAAGGUGGAGAACAAGCCAGUGCUCAGCUCCAACGAACAAUUGUGCUUCCUGGUCAGACCCCGCAUCAAGAAUAUGCACUACAUUGCCAAUCUUGUCAAUGCUGACAAAGUGGCUGGCCGAACUCGAAAAUACAAAGUGAUCUUCAGCCCUCAGAAGUUUUACGCAUGUGAGAUGGUGCUUGAGGAAGAGGGAAUCUAUGGAGACGUGAGCUGUGAUGAAUGGGCCUUCUCUCUGCUGCCUCUUGAUGUGGAUCUGCUGAGCAUGGAGCUGCCGGAAUUUUUCAGGGAUUACUUCCUGGAAGGAGAUCAGCGUUGGAUCAACACUGUGGCUCAGGCCUUACACCUUCUCAGCACUCUCUAUGGAUCCUUUCCAAACAGCUAUGGGAUUGGCAGGUGUGCCAAGAUGUCAUAUGAAUUGUGGCGGAACGUGGAGGAGGAGGAGGAGAAUGAAACCAAAAGCCGAAGGCCAGAGAUUGGACAUAUCUUUCUCCUAGAUAGAGACAUGGACUUUGUGACAGCACUUUGCUCCCAAGUGGUUUACGAGGGCCUGGUAGACGAUACCUUCCGCAUCAAGUGCGGCAGUGUUGACUUUGGCCCAGAAGUCACAUCUUCUGACAAGAGCCUAAAGGUGCUGCUCAAUGCUGAUGACAAGGUGUUUGGAGAAAUUCGCAAUGAGCACUUCUCCAAUGUCUUUGGCUUCUUGAGCCAGAAGGCGCGGAACCUGCAGGCACAGUAUGAUCGCCGGAGAGGCAUGGACAUCAAGCAGAUGAAGAACUUCGUGUCCCAGGAGCUCAAGGGACUGAAACAGGAGCACCGCCUGCUGAGUCUCCAUAUUGGGGCCUGUGAAUCGAUCAUGAAGAAGAAAACAAAGCAGGACUUCCAGGAGCUGAUCAAGACUGAGCAUGCACUGCUGGAAGGUUUCAACAUCCGGGAGAGUACCAGCUACAUUGAAGAGCACAUAGACCGGCAGGUGUCGCCCAUAGAAAGCCUUCGCCUCAUGUGCCUCCUGUCCAUCACUGAGAAUGGUUUGAUCUCCAAGGAUUACCGAUCUCUGAAAACACAGUAUCUGCAGAGCUACGGCCCCGAGCACCUGCUGACCUUCUCCAAUCUGCGGCGAGCAGGGCUCCUAACAGAGCAGGCUCCCGGGGACACGCUCACAGCAGUGGAGAGUAAAGUGAGCAAGCUGGUGACCGACAAGGCUGCAGGGAAGAUUACCGAUGCCUUCAGUUCUCUGGCCAAGAGAAGCAAUUUUCGUGCCAUUAGCAAAAAGUUGAAUUUGAUUCCCCGUGUGGAUGGCGAGUAUGACCUGAAAGUGCCCCGCGACAUGGCAUAUGUCUUCAGUGGUGCUUACGUGCCCCUGAGCUGCCGACUCAUUGAGCAGGUGCUGGAGCGGAGGAGCUGGCAGGGCCUUGAGGAGGUGGUGCGGCUGCUUAACUGCAGCGAGUGCUCGUUCGCAGACAUGACCAAGGAGGACAGGGCUUCCAGCGAGUCCCUGCGCCUCAUCUUGGUGGUGUUCUUGGGUGGGUGCACGUUCUCAGAGAUCUCAGCCCUGCGCUUCUUAGGCAGAGAGAAAGGAUACAGGUUCAUUUUUCUGACGACAGCUGUCACAAACAGUGCUCGCCUAAUGGAGGCCAUGAGUGAGGUGAAAGCCUGAAUGUUCCCAGCCAGCAGGAAGCCUUCUCCAGACUGUUCCCCGGGGGUGGGGGUGUUUGGCAACUUGCUGCUAACACAGGGUCCCCAACUACCCUGCUCAGAGUUGGGGAGCGUGGAACUUACCUAGGACUUUGAGAACAUACCUGAAGAGAGAGUUCUUGUCCUGCCCCCGGAAUAGUCUUUGUUUUUGUUUACAAAGUACUGUAUGGUCCAUGCUGCUAAGAUAUGCAGGGGGGAAGAAGUAUCCUUUACUAAAUCCCAUCUGAAUAUCAUUGUAAAUAAAGCCUUGUAGUCUGGACCUGCACUACCAUCUCUAUUAAUUACAGCACAG